ACCCUGGCGACAUGUUCGUGAGCGAGGGCGGAGGGCCGCCCCUAGCGGGCGUGGUGAUGCAGCAGGCGUACCCAGGAGGACCCAUGUUCACUAUCCCCGUCCACUGGACGCCCUUCAUCGACCCCGCCCUCAUUCCUGGGGAGACCGCCCUCACGCCCCUCGACCCCGCCUUCACCCACGUCAUCGACCCCAAGUCUCUGCCCAUCGACCCAGUACACAUUCUUCCCGUCCAGCACGAUGCCACAGGCUGCCCCGUCCAGGUUCAGGUGAAGGUGGACUCCAACGGUGUGCCCAUCCAGAUCGAGCCCAGUGCCUUCACUGUGACGCUGGGCUGCCCCCAGCAUGCCCACGCUGAAGCCAAGGAUCACACCGACACCCUGCCUCGCCAGGGGCACACGCAUGCUGAACACACACACAGGCAUCAAGAGAACAUCAUGGAGAAGCCAACGAGUGAGGAUGCUCAGGAAGGGAAUAAGAACGAGAGAGUAGGACAACAGAGUGAAGGGGUGAGGAUAGAAAACAAUGGGGAGGUAGGGGAAUCUCAGUCAACGGCUUGUGUGAUACCAGUGAAGGAAAAUAAAGAAUAUAGUGAGGUAGAUGAAGACACGAAGCAGCAGCUGCAGCAAGAUGGUGGUGCUGGAAUACAGCAGCAGCUGGAAGAGGGGAAAGGUGGUACUGGAACCCAUUACCAACAUAUGCAGAAGCAGGAGGGAGAGGCUAGUGCUGCAACACUCCACCAGCUCAACACUGCCUCUAUUUCAGCCGGUGACGUGUGUUCGAUGUCUUCCCCAGCGUGUGAGGGAGGCGAGGCAGGCGGACCCAGAGCUCAAGUGACAGGUGCGACGGAGCACCUACUGGGGAAGGUGCAGGGGGCGGUAAUGGCAACUACCCACCAGACUCACAGUGUAGUGCUGGAAAGAGCCAUGAAAAACAAGAGUGUUAAGGGGAGCAGGGUGUUGGCGAAUGUUGUGUCGCUCUCGGUAGGCGCUGGCGAACUGCAGGCCAAGCCCCUGGAAGAUGACGAAGACGAGGAAGAGGAAGAGGAGGAGGAAGAGGAAGAUAUGCUGACGAAGGAAUCAGAAGAAGGCUCAGAUUCCAACGACUCUCAGUACGCCAGCAUGAGUGAGUCUUCAACCACGCCCACCACGCCCGAAGGUGAACCCUCUGAUGCCCACGAGAUAUCUCCCCCCAUGGUCACACCCACUGCUGCUUCAUCUGUGCCCAUGAUCAUGCCUACUACUUCCUCGUCUGCGCCCAUGAUUACGCCCAGCCUUUCUUCUGCGCCCAUGAUCACGCCCACCUCUGUCUCAGUCACACAGUCACCAGUCAACACGAAGGGCGGCUCCUCCACCAGUCCACAGACAGCCGCGUCAUCAGACAGUCUCAAGAGUAACGGCUGCACAGACUACCGCUUAAAAGACAACCAGGAGACAUCAAGCGAGGCCAUGGUUACCCAGGAGACAUCGAGCGAGGCCAUGGUUACCCAGGAGACAUCGAGCGAGGCCAUGGUUACCCAGGAAACAGUGAGCGAGGCCAAGGACAUCCAGGAAAAAGAUAGCCUACUGUCGGAGAGUCAGGAGAAAGAGUGCCCGGCGGUGGAGAGCCAAGAAGGAGAUAGCAACGUGCAAGCAAAUGUUCUUCAGGGCUACGUGAUGGUGCCCAUCCUCACUCCGUACUACGAUCCCUCAGUGCUAUAUGGGUACCCAGUGGUAGUGGCUAGUCAACAGCAGCAGCUUCAUCAGCAGCCCCCAACACCACCGCCGCCACCACAGCAACACGGUUACAGCAAGAGGAAAAAGAAAAAAUAUCAGCGAAGGCGACAUGCGGAUGUGUCUGCUGGUGGAAGUUACUUGGAUCCCCAGUUAUACACUGGUGAACCAUUUGUAGCAACGCCAGGUGGUUAUGUGGUACCCAUUGAAGCAGCAGCAUCUGUCUGUCAGAUUCAUGGCCUUCAGUACGUGACUCCAGCCUUUCACCAGCACCUCCCUGAUGAAGGUUUCGUAUCUGUCCAACAUUCUCCUUACCUCCCAGAAGUAGCCACUGAACCAAUACCUGCAGAAGUACAGUCAUCUGAAGGGACCAACCAAGAUGAUGCAUCUAAGACAGUCUUCAGUGAUUUACAAGAUACAGAGAGACGACAGAUACAGGAAAUAUUGCAGGAAAAUGCAAAAGCGGGCAAGUCGGAUUCCACAGAGUUUUCAGACUCAGGUGUGUCAGAGUCAGAGGAAAUAGCUGCACCUGAGCUCUCUUGUGAUGAAGUAGAAGCUUGUAAACAGCAGACCCCCCAAAUAUCAAAACUAGCUGUGAAUGAUAGUGCAGAAGAAAAUACUCUUGAUCUAAACUCCACUACACUGCCAUGCCAAGAGGUUUCAUCAAGUGGAUUAGAAAGAAUAGGGCCAGAGGCAGUAUCUCAGGAAGGUUUCUCUGAGAAAACAUUUGUUGAUUCAAAUGUACAGCUUCAAGAAGAUUCUACUGGUGAAUUACAUUGUGCUCAACCUCAGGUUACUGAUGGAAAUCCAUUUACUGUAGACUCCAGUGAUAAUGGCAGAGAAUCCUCUUCAAAAACUGGCAAUCAAGAUUUGCUUUGCAUAGAAACUCCAGAUCUCUUUGAUGGCUCCAACACAUAUCAAAGUUCAGUAAAAUCUGAUGAAACUGAUAUCUUCCAGGUGUGUCAGGAAACACUAUCAGCAGCUGCUACAAACAGUGAUUGUUGUCAAGAUCAUAAACCAGAUGUAAGGUCAACCAGUUUUGAACCUCAAGCAAGAGAUGAGUUUGAUGAUGCAGCUGAGGAAUCAAAUGAGAAUAAAAUACUUCAUAUGACAAUUUCCGAGUGUGAAAGCAGUUACUUACAUCCCUGUGUAAAUACUGCAAGCAAAGAAGCAUCUACUGUUGAUUCAACAUCUGACAGUAAUGAUACACAAGUUACAGAAUUAGAAAAUGUAACCUCAGAAUUUUGUUUUGAAGUAAAUGAUUCACUGACUACAACACAUGAAAUAUCUAAAAUAUACAAUAAAAUUUUGAUUGACAAUCCUUGUGAGCAAUUAAAAAUACAUGCACCACCAUGUAAUGAAAGUAAUCUUUAUAUUGAAAGUUACCAGACAACAGAAGCUCAAGACUGCUCUUUAAAUUCUGGCAGUGAGACAAAUACUUGGCAAGAAACAGUAUGUAAUGUAAAUGAUGGAAGUACUAAUGAAAAUAUACAUCACAUAAGCUUUAAAGACUUGAAAGUCACUGAGGCUGUCAAGAGGUGGAUCAGAGAAGUAACUCCAGAAAAAGCAUUUACACUGUCUAAAGAAGUUCAGACUCGCUUGCUAGCAGAAAAAGACAUUUUGAGAGAAACUGACACAUUUGAUGAAUAUAUUGAAGAUGGGAUCUCAGAAGAGAACUCUAUUACUGUUAUGGAGCCAAAAAACGUGAAAGGCAACCCUUUCGUUGCAGCAUCCAGUGAAGCCCCUAUUGUGGGAAUGGAAGACUGCAGCAAAAGGGUUGCUGUAUUAAAUCUGAGAGAGACCACUCCUGAUACUUUGGAUGAAUAUGAUGGUGCCAGUGUCAUCAGUAACCUCAGCUAUGAUCACUUAUAUUCAGAAGCAUCAUCCAGCCAUCCUGCCUCAGUCAACCAUAGUUUUGAUGAUGAGGAAAUGGAUAGGCUUACUGAAAAUCCAGAUAUUUAUAACCCCACUGCCUAUACAAAGUAUUAUCAGCUUGGUGUGGAACUAGAUGAAAUCCCUAUUCCACCAACAUCUAUAGAUGAUCAAAUGUUGAGUGGAUUCAUGCUCACUGCUCAAGCUCAAGAUAAGUCUGACACUAUUAGCGAGUGUGGAUCUGAGGAAGUGGAAACUGUUUCACAUAAAUAUGAUGUGACUGAUCAUUACACUGGUACCUCUCCUAUGUCCCUUGCUACUGAGAUAAUUAAAGCUGAAAAAGUACUGAAAAAUAUGGUGCAUAUUGUUGGUGUUCAGCAGGAUUUGGCAGUUGCUGAGCAGCACUUGGGCAACCCAGAUAUUUAUCUGAAGCAUUAUAGUGCUGCAUCACUUGAAGUGGGUGACAGCGGAGUGCAAUCAGAGGAGAGUAGUGAUGAAACAGAGGCCCGCAGUAGCAGUGGUGUUGGAUCAUCACUGGCUUCUACACCUGCAAUUUCUCCAGCCCAUCAACUUUCUGGCAGGCCUCCUCUUCAACCACACCCACUUAAAAAUUUAUCUGUUAGAGAAGGGCCAGUGCCAUGCAGGACAGUAUGUUGUGCUGUCAUGUGAGCAAUUUAACUACAUAAUGUAGGUUCUGCUCCAUCUUGUUAACCCUGUGGCGUGGAAGGCAGGCAAAGGGGGCAUCUCCCCCUGCCCCCGCCCGCUCGUGCCUUACAGGGAGAGACUUCUGGGUGGGGAACUGCCCAGACACCAAGGGUACAACGCUUAAACUGCUGUGAACUGUGAUCCUUUGGGGUUGCAUGCUCACUUGUUAUUUGUAAAAGCACAUGGCUGAACAUAAGUCUGUGUAAAUGUGUUUAUGUUGGAUGCAAUAAGAGUAGCAAGUCAGUGCAAGGUUGCUGUAGGAUAGUGUCCUUAAGUCACAAGAACUGUGCUUUUGGUGCUGUGGUCAUCUGGGCCAAAAAGCCGCAUGGCCUCACUUGGAUUGCACUGCACUUUGAGUCUGCAGGUCUGUAAGGGUAGCUGCCCACACUGCCAUAGGUCUGUGCACCUGCAACAGGUGUGGAAAUUGUUGCUGCCAUUCAGUGGGUGGCUUCCCUCUCAGGUUUGUGGGUAUGAGCUCGACAAAGUCACAUCACCCAGAAUCGCUUCAUUCUCAUGCAAUGUCAUUGUGAUAGGCAUAGUGAACCCUAUAGAUAGCUGUUAUUUAUUUUUAGACAUGUGAUGUCUUAGUCAUUAAUGAAGAGAUGUUAUACCCCUGUGCAUUUACAUGUCAUUUGAGUAGUGUUGAUGGUAGGUAGCAAUUUUUGGCUGCUGAGAAGAGUGUAGGUGUAGGUAGGCCCGGUGCCUCAAGGAGGUGUGUAGCAUUGGACAACACAGAAACUAUUUAUUUUGUAAAAUACAUCAGUUCAUUAACUAAAAAAUAUUUUAACAUCUCAUCAGUCAUAAUACAGACAUGUACUGUAUCUUAAUAAAAUAAUAACAGUAAUUUUAUCUCAAGUAUUCUUAUUAUAUAAACAAUGAGACUGUGUUUCCAAAGCCUAAUCACCUAGCAUCCUACCAUUUUGUUGACACAGCUGUAUGUUGAGACUGCAGCUCUCCACAUCACUCUAGAGACCUCCUUUGUUGCAAUUGUUGGAUGUCAACAGAGACCCAUUGCUGUUUAUGUUAAUUUGCUUAGCACACAGCAAUAGUUUGACUAUGCAUGUCACUUCACCUAGUAUGGUUAUGAUUUAAAGAGUAAUGCUUUAACUAAUAAUCUCCCAUAGUGAAGAAUGUGCUUAUUUGUUGAACAAUGAAUCGAGAGAGAUGGGUGUUCUUGUAUGGCACACCGAGUUUGGGUUGUUGUUUGUUAUAGCUUAUAUACAAUGGAACUAAAGUUGACCUAUUUUUGCUGACGCCUGUUUCCAGGUUUUUACCUCGUUGUAAUGUAAAUGAAUUGCUGACCAAAUGCACUCUCUUUUUGCAUAUCUUCAGCCUUUGUAAGCAAUGGACAUUGAUCCUGAUGCCUCUGUGACUUAAAAAAAAAGACUGUGGCAGCUUUACUGAAGUAACUCGGCUGUGUUAAAGAUGUUAUUUCAUGAUUACAGAUCAUAAUUUUCUUUAUUUUUCACAGAAAUAAACCAGAGACCAACAGUGUCGUUUGUCAAUAUCCACUAAUGCCAUAAAACUUGUGUUCCAUAGAUAUGACUGGUUGCAUCCUCUAUGGUUAUUUGCAAAGGCUAUAGGAUUGUUUUCUUUUUUGUAAAUAUAGAACCAAUAAAAUUUGUUGUAUUUAAA